AUGACUAUAGUUAGAUAUUUAGUCCCCCGUUUAAAUGGUUCUAUUAAGUUCUGGAAACCGUUUUCAAACUUAGGUUUUCUUAGGUAUUAUCAUCCUUUAUCCUCAGAAUAUGAUCAACAAGAUACUCUACUUGAACCAUUGACAUACAAAAUGGGCUCUAUUCAAUCAAAAGUUUUAUCUUAUUGUUUGAAAGAGAAAGUUCCAAAGUAUGGGUUCACUGAAAAAGCACUAGUGUCUUCAAUCAAUGAUUUAGGUUAUGACUCUAGCAUGCUGAGUGUAAUUGGUAGUUCCAAUUCUCCAUCCAUCUUCCAUUCAUCAACAGCUGUUAUGGAAUUAUUGAAAUAUAAUUUAGUGACCAAAAGAUAUAAUAUGAUCGAUCCCAAUUUACGCCAAGGAUUAAUUAACAAGAAUGAUAUACCCAGUUUAGAGACUCUUUUAUUAAGAAGAUUAGAAAUGGAUAAACAAUUGGGUUCCAAAACAUUAACUGAACUUAUGGCAAAAUUAUCUAUACCAAGCCAAUUACUAUUAGAAAUAGUAUUGCCAGAAUUAUUUAGAUUAGCAGAUGAUAUGAUUUAUUUUUCAAAUGAAAAGGACCAUACGGAUAUUGCUUGGUACACAAAAAGAUUAGGUGUGAGUUUAACGUACGUUUCAAGUAAGUUAUUUAUGAGUCAGGAUAAAUCGAAUAAUUAUGAGGAUACAAUGGAUUUUGCGAAAUGGAAAUUAAAUAAAGUUAUGAAAUUAGGUGAUUAUUAUAAUAAUAUCGAAGAAUAUGCUUGGUAUACUGUUAUGACAUCGUAUAAUUUAAUUAAAUCCCAAUUCUCAAAAUAUUGA